AUGGCCAAAGAAUUUGAGGCCUUGGAUGCAAAUAAGACAUGGGAAGUUGUUCUUUUACCUCCCGGAAAGAAAGCAUUACCAUGUAAAUGGGUAUAUAAAGUGAAAUAUAGGUCUGAUGGUUCUUUGGAGAGAUACAAAGCACGUUUGGUGAUUAGGGGAUAUAUUCAAAGGGAAGGGGUAGAUUUCAACGAGACUUUUUCCCCAGUUGUCAAAAUGACAACCAUCAGAUGUCUUCUUGCCAUUGUAGUUAAGAAGAAGUGGGAAGUAUUUCAAUUGGAUGUAAUAAUGCCUUCUUGCAUGGGGAUUUGCAAGAAGAAGUCUUUAUGA